CUUGGAAUACAUUGGUGGGACACAUGCGGGAGAUUUUCACCAUCAUAUUAGGACAACUGAGAAAUCCUCAUGACAUUGAAUUACCGAAAAAAGUCACCGAAGAACAUUAUACGAAUGGGGACUGCAAUGAGACGAAUAUUCAACGGACAAUCAGCGAUCUGAAUUUUUUGAAGGCGGAGGCACCAGGUCCUUUUCUUUUCACAAUACUAACCAGUAUGAUUCCAUGGAAGUUAAUUACUCUUGGCAAUGACGUAAACGAUGAACUGUUCCGUCGUAUCUGCGAGAUUGAAAACAAGUGGAUCGACAGAUUCAGCGGAGAUGGGAAAGAAAUACUAAAGAAAAUAUCAAAAUUGAUUGUCGCAGAGCUGAAACGAGUGAGGGAACUGCAAGAUUUUCAGUUUGUACACUGGGAUGGUUCUUUUAUUGGUGGCGUGAAAGAUCUGCUGCACAAACGCACACGCUUACAUCCGGACAAGCUUGGUUACGAGGCCAUCAAAUUGCUGUCUACCAAAAUCACUGACAUUCUCGUGGAACCUUUCAAUAGCCCGUUGUCUCUGGUGCACUUUCUGAAAUUCAGUGAACAGAUUUCCCGCGUGGACUACAACACACCUGCUUCAGCCUAUUUCAAAAAUAAUUCAGAAUCAAUCCAUAAUGGGGUAUACUUCGUGUGGUACGAGAAACGUGGUUGUCUGAACUUAAAAUUGGGCAAGGUUCCUCCUUCGGAAUUCGAGCUGAAAUUUCCAACAGUCCUGGAUCAAGUUCAGCGCUCCCCUUACCACGGUGAUGAAAUACUGAGAGUUUACAUCCAAAGGCGAUCAAAUAGCCAACAAGGAAUGAACUACCAUGCAGAACUUAUUCCUAUAAGAUCUGCGUUUCACUCAACUUGGUUUCAAUCAGGUACACAUGGCGCAGUCGGUAGCAAUGCUAACAACAGGGAAACGACAAACGCAGCUGCGCUUUCGGCCCGCUUGGAAGAAAAUGAGAAGGAACAACUGUCUGCGAAGGUUGGACGGAAGCGAACUUCAGCUCAUCGAGCACAUAGGCCAAACAAGGUUCAUGGAUCUAAAUCCAUCCAUGAAAUCAAAACUACAAGCUGUCAAAAUCAAGAGCUACCGGAGGUUUUAAACCGUUUACUAAAAACAUUCUCUGACACAAACAAAUCAAUACCGCCAUCCAGGAGAAGUCGGCUCUUUGCCCGCUCAUCAGGAAUACUGUCAAAUGUAAGCAGCGACAGCAGCUCUGUUGAGUUAAACAGAAGGCCGUCAAAACCAUUUGUUAUUCGAAGAACUGCAUCCGCAGUUUAUUCAUCAACUAGCGAUUGGUCACUUGAAAUAACUCCGAACGAGUUCAUCAGUUUGAAGUACGCCGCGCACAUAAGUAAAAGAGAUAGGCUUUCUUCAUCAGGAAAGUUAGAUAACGAUGGAGCUGAACAUCUAUCGUGCACCUCGAGUUCAUUUCACGCAGUCAAAGUUUCCACGAUAACUGGCGCUACGAGCACUCGGCUGGGGACUGAAAAGGAUAAAAUAUGCCCCAACACAGUGACAGGAACCCCGAAAAUGCUUCAACCUAGUCUAUACACCGAUCUGAGACCAUUUAUCUUCGGCGAUAUGUAUGAUCUGGUAAAUGUUCGGAAUGCCAACCUCCCGCCAAGAAAUAAUGUAACUCAUUCAAGUGAUAAAUCGGUAACUGGUCGUGUUUUCUCCAACUUCGCCCCAAAAGACCCUCAAAGACUCAGAAGGAGACUGCUGUUUACUCCCACAGACGAGCAAUCAUUCUCGAGGAGACGUGUGCAAAACGAGAAACGUAUGCAAAAGUGUAUUCAGAGUGAUUCAACGUGUGCCGAUGUGAACAAUAUGGACGCAGAGUAUGAGGAUGCUACAGAUACAUGUUACGGAUACUCGCAGUCUGCUAGUGAGGCUGAUACUAACAACUAUGACGGGGCAGGUCAGGAGAGAGUAAAACGCAUUUCGUUGAAAUCUAAAAAACGCAAACGCAAGCGCAGUUCCCGUGCUAGCACUGUGAGCGUCAGCAUAACUACGCGUACUUCUUUCGAGCAAACCACACCGGGCAUGGGCAAUUCAAAACUGCAAGAAGAGAAACGAAGAGCUGCUAGCAUGCCUUGUGCCGACGCGUUUAACAUUUACUACAAUCCCACUGCAAAAGGGAUUACACCAAGGCGCAUGCCGGCUUUGGAAAAGCAACUAAGACCACAUCGAACAUUCGAUGAACUUACAUAUAAAAGCUCAGAGCCUUCACGUAGACUGACCGCACUUGACUUUCUAGGAAUAGAAAGGACCAUCAAAAAUCUUUUGAAGGCUCGUACUAAAGGUAGGAAGGGUCGGCACUCCGCUGGUGGGACAGUAAUAUCCCCGAUUCACAUGCCUGUUUCGGCUCGAUUUCCAAGCAACAAGAUCCCACUAAGUUCGAGUUUGGUCAGGGUUGGAAGUAGGGAAAGUUGGAAAAAUCGGCAAGGCGCAAGCGCUGACCAAGAGAAGCUGAGAAUCAACCGGGCUAGCUCUGUCAUGCCCAGUUCUGAAGAAGAAAAAUGNAAAAUCGGCAGGCGCAAGCGCUGA